AUGGCCUACGUCAACCUGAGCAAGCGAGACGUCAACGUGCUCGAGAAGAUCAAGGACCCAGAGUCCAACCCGGCUGCGGGAGUCGUCAUCGAUCCGUCCCUGCCCCGCGACCCGCACAUCGCCGACUCGGGCGUUUAUGAGAGGCUUUCCCAGAGAGAGCGCGUCAUCAUCCAGACUAUCCAGUCCAUCGAGACGCAGCUCAGCCAGUCCCACGCCGAAGACGCCGAUGAGGCGGCCAUCGAGGGCUUUCGACAAUGCAUUUCCGAUUUAGACAGCCUCGUAUCCGAAGAACCCAGGUACGCCAGCGCAAGGAACAACCGGGCUCAGGUAAUUAGGCGAAUUUAUGGAGACUGUAUGUUGCUCAACAUCACCACCGGCAUGCCCAUGCCCCUGAUUGCGGAACCCGAGAAGUCGGAAAGGAGAAAGGUCGCCGUCACGGCACUCGAGGAUCUGGAGCGCUCCAUUGCCCUGCUCUCUCCGGCCACGAUACACACCCCUCUAUCGCCCCAGGCGGCUCGCACACUGUCCAUGGCGCACACACAGCGAGCAGCAAUCUACCUCAGAACAUCCAAGCUGUUGUCGGACCGGCUGCUGGACGUUGACGAGGCCCGGCCCGAAGCGCAGUGGGCCAAGCUGAAUUUCGAGGAAGCGGCCUCGCGAGAUUUGGCUUAUGGCGGCCGAUACGGCAAUCAGAUUGCAAAGGGCCUGGCCGUGAGCGUCAACCCGACGGCCAAGCUCUGUGGACAGAUUGUCCGGGAAGCUAUGAAGAAGGAAUAUGGGCCGUCUUUCCAAAUAUAA